AUGUCGAUGCAUCAUCCUGCGUUGUUGGAGGCAUUCAUAUGCCUCCGGCCACGUUCACCCUCAAGCCGUCACCUCGUCAAGCUCGGUGCUGCUUACCAGUUAACCCAUGGAUCGUCUUCCAAGUUCUCCCUCUCGUCGAACCCCAACGGCUCAAUGGCCUGUUCGUCUGAGGACUUGGAGGAUGCCCUUCUUCGACUACGUCAAACACGUCGACAGAAUACAAUCGGAAGCAUAGCCAAGCUUUCGACCACGUCCACCCUCAUUCCGUCACCUCGCCAACCUCGAGGCCAAUUCGUCGUCCGGUUUCUCUUCUCACUCUGUUCAUCCACGACCACCGCACUGGUCCCUCCGGCUCGACACCUAGCUCGACCUCCGCGACAACCUUCUCCUAUUCCACCGGCUGCGUUCCACGACGUCGGUCAGGCGCCGACCGACUUCAAGCUCGUGUGUUCUCUGAACGCUGCCGUUUCUCGAGGGUCUUCACCACCCACCGCCGAUGUCCCGCCGUAUGUCAAGCAGACCCCGUUCAUGGUCUCCACGGCGCGGUACUUCGACUAUCAAGACCCUCUGUCCAUUUGA